AUGGAAGGCAGUACGCCCACAGCCACCCAGAAACAGGCCAAGGAUUACAUCCGCCAGCUUGGCGAUGGCCUUGGCGACAAAGCCAAUUGGUUCUAUAUCGACCUGUUGGAGUAUCCGGAGGUACUUGCGCAGACUGUCCAAGACAAGCUGGGAAAGCCUUACAGGGCGGCCGAACCAUACCUGGCAAUCUACACAAUCGCCAAGCUUGGCCUUAUCGGCGUGCUGAUAGUCUCCAUGUUCGCCUACGUGCUCGGUCUCGUCGUGGUUGCGUGGGGCCAGCCAACCGGCUGCUGCAACUAUCGCUCGGGCCGUUGGUGCUUCUCUUGCGGAGCCUGCCUGUUUGUGCUGCUGUUCGGGUUCAUUGCGUUGGGAGCCACCGUGGGCCUGCUGGGCUCCAUCAUGGUCUCGCGGUGCGGCUGCACGCUAGCCGAACGCCUCGGCCAAUCAGUCCUCGUCGAACCCAUAAGGUUUUUCCAGGCGGUGGUCAAAGAGCGUAUAGGAGGCGAUACCCUAAUAAAGGUCUCCACAGCAGUGAGCGCCGAAUACAUGGUCGGAGCACUGGCACGCUUCGACGAAUGCGAGGGCACCAACGUCAGCGCUUACCGCAUAAUGGGCGAGCCAUUCGUCCGCAACUUCUCUGCGGCCAUCGGCUACGAGAAGGAGCUGGCCUUCCUCUGGGAAGGCUUCAACUGGACGCAGCUGCAGAAGGAGCUCGACGGCAUCGCCGGUCCUCUGGGCGGCGGAGCGGACGACGCCAGCAAGUUGCAGGACCUGGCGAAACUGCUUGAGCCUUUGUUGAAUUUCUCGCUGGAUAUUCCAAAACCCCCAUCAGAGCCGGAUCUCAGCACACAGGUGCGUACAAUUAACACAAAUACUGAUAAUGCUGAGAAACUCAAGCAGGCCUUGGAAGAUAUGAAGCCAGUUGCAGCAGCUGCAGGUCUGAACAAGGUAGUCGAGAACCUGGAAAGCAUUGAAGAUCUUGUGAAGAUUGACGGACGACCUGCAGACGACUUCAAGGCGGAAACUAUCAGAACCUUGGGAGACAAGCAGGCGUCGCAUGAUCAGCUAAACAAGGCGAACGCAUUACUUGAAGAACGCAAGCGCAGCCUGUCUCGCGUGGUUAAAGGCUACUCCGACUACCUCAUCUACAAGAUCAAAGAGGACUUGGGGAGGUGCCCUCCAGCUUACACCAUGUACUCUUCGUCUCUAGUGGUCGUCUGCAAUGGUGUUGUCCACCCUUUCAUGGGGUUCUGGUUCUGCGUAGCCACGUACCUCGCUAUAGGAAUUCUGGCGAUGUUCAUGGCCCUUUUCAUGUCCACGCUGUACUCUAGAAAGCCCAGACCAAAGCCUCCAGUGACUGAGCCUGAGGAGCGCUUCACUCCUCCAGUAAUUCCGGAUGUAUUUCCAAAGCGCACCGACAGCACGUCCAUGGAAUUCGUGGCAACGAAGCCUAGCAGGAAGAAACAGCAGCCCCGGGAGCCACCACCUUCAUCGAGGUCGUCAAGCUGCAGCUGCGUGUACACUGAUACGCCGACGCCAGAACCGGAACCAGCAGCAAGGAAGAAAAGAUUUAUUAAUUACUACGAUCGUUCGCCAGACGACGACGAUUUUAAUAUAUAUAUCAAAAUAAUGAAGGCGCACGGACACGAAGAGAAACCAGUGUCCAAAAUCAAAGACCAAGCAAAACCAGAGAUUGAAGUAAGCUCCAGUGGAGAGAUCAUCAUCUGGUACGAUGACGGGAGCAAAGUAGAUGCUAAGAAAAGCCCGAAAGGCGGAAAAGACGAGGACAAACAAAAAGAGAAGGAAGAGCGUAAAGGGAAGUCUGGCACCAAUGAAAAGCAAAUAGGCAUGCACGAAGACGACCACCUUGAUAAGACAAAAACCACGGCCAAGAAGGAACCCUCCGCAAUCGCUGUAAAUAAAGGACGCGGAUGGGGUGAACGUUCCCCGAAAAAAGAGCUAUCGCGAAAAUUAAGCUCUGCUGCGCACGGAGAGAAAAUGCCCGGGCUUGGCGGGAAGAAAGCGAAGGAAACGAAGGGCGAAAGUUCACCGAAAAGGGAAGAGGACGCCUGGAAGUCGAGCUUCGACGCGCACGGCGAAAGGGGCGGGAAAGAAAGGAAGGGCGGCCAGCUGAAGAAGGGGAAGCGAAGCUUGUCUUUGGGUGGGCACGAAAGCAAAAAAAGUCAUUUGGAUGGAAAAAAGGCAAAGGACAAUGCGGCAGCUGCGCCGAAGGACAAGGAGCACACAGAUGUAAAGGAACGGGGUGAAGGGGAAGACUCGAUCCAGUCCAAGCAUAAGGACAAAGGAGAAAGGAAGGGAAAUGAGGAAGAAAAAGGAGAAGGGACGAAGCAGAAGCAAGGCGGUUCCCGUCGGAAAAAAUCAACCACCGAUGUGCGAGCGCUCCUCUACGAGCCUCCGCAAAGCGGAGUUGCAAGAGCCCUCCGCGCCAUAUCCCAGAGGGCGCUGCCACGUGGUCUGGGAUCCAGUGUGUUUAACAGCAUCACCAACAGUAGCGUGAACCUGGCCAGAAGUCUCUUCAGCCGCUACCAGAACGUGCGAGGUGACUCUGAGGAGGAAGGCCAAUCACCAGAGCCGUUUUCGCCUUGACCCUCGUGGCCAAUGUGCGUCAGUGUGCUAAAGGACAUGCAACCGGCGCCACGAGGAGUUAUAUUGCAAAACAUAUUACCAUCUUGGACAAACAAACAUCUUGGACUUUUCUUUGUUGCUUCGUAUAUCCGUAAUAUAUGAAAAACGGGCUACCUUUUGCGCCUUAUGAUCAACCCAGCUACCGCUGACCAGGUCACUGAGUGUCUGUGUUUUUAUGAAAGACAAAGUACUAUUUUAAGGCGAAAAGAUGUCAACGUAUUUCCUGAACUUGUUUACUUGUGUCUUACAUAGUCGCAUGCUAUUGCAUUCUGUCAAAACUAUUAGUCCCUUCAAAACCUGCAGGUUCAUAAACUCUAGAUCCCUUUUGUUAUAUUCGUAGUUUAUACUGCCAUCAUCGUACCACCAGUUUGUGAUACGUCGUACCGUUGCUGCAUGAAAUGGCAAUAUCAUAACGGAACAUCAGUUCAUCACUCGCAAUAAAAACCUCGUUUGGUCUAUAAGUUUACCGUGUAACCGUCCCUGAGCAAAGUGGUGGCAACAGAUGACUUAUAAACCGAAUGUGUAUGGAAGAACCCCUACCUUAUUGUUAUGCAACGGUCUUGUUUUUACUUUUGCAUCACAUUGUUUUGUAUGCUGAUAAUUGUGAUGUAGCUAUGAAAUGUAGAGCUCUACACGAAAGGGUGAUUUGAAAGGCAGCGACUUUUAUUUCUCCAUGAUUGAUUAAUUGUUGCUUUUUCCGCUUUUGGUUAAAUGUUCAUGAAUGCUGCUUGAGAAACUGCCACACAUGCGGCAGCUUUUCUAAAGCCCACUACGGUGCGCAAUGGUAAAACAGAAUACACCUUACAAACAGUGGCAACAGCAGUUGUAGCCCAACGAUUACCGUCAGCAUAUGAACAGUAAGAAAUCUGAGCGUUCGAUUUUAAAGCUGUAAACAUUGCUGUCGUCUUUCGUGCCUUAAAGAAGCAGCUUGCCUUGGCAGUGCGUCUGUAAAACUCCAUCCACACGGCACACUUUCAAUCGCUAUCUAUUUUGAUUGGAGUCUCUAUCACAGUUGGCUCGCUUGCGCAACUCGCCCCAAAGAGCCAAUCGCGAUGGAGAAAUUUCAUUCCGGUCGUGCUCAUUGGCGAUCUUAA